AUGGCCCACGAGCCAUUGCAUGGAUCAUGCUCCUGUGGGCGCAACCAGUACAGAAUCCAAAUCCCUGAUGAUGUGACUGAUCACGCUCAGGUGUACUUUGACAGCAGCAGAGACAAUCGCCGGUUGCACGGGACACCAUUAACGGCAUGGCUGCGGGUGCCUCUUGAUUGGUACCACUCGUAUACUCUCUCUUUCUUCCCGGAUGAAACCCAUAGCUCUAUCCGUCGCAUUUUUACCCCCCAUCAUGCGCCACAGACACGGCGGAUCUUCUGUGGGUUUUGCGGAACGCCACUGACUUUCUGGACUGAGGAGCCCGAAGAAGAGGCUAGUUUCAUGUCGGUCUCGGUAGGUAGCUUAUCGGGUGAAGAUCAGCGAGCCUUGGAGGAUCUAGAGCUCCUUCCAGAAGAGAUUGAUGAUGCACCGCAUCCUACCGAGCUAUCCCACCCGUCUGAUGCUGUAUUAGCGCCAGACAAUGCUCCUUCUUCCAUUGUCGUUCCUUCUAUUCAGAACACAGAUAGCUCUCGAAGCUUUCGGCAUGGUACCGCCGGUGGAAUUCCUUGGUUUGAAGAGAUGGUAGAAGGAAGUCGUUUGGGUCGUUUGAUGCGCUCACGACGUGGUAUGGGAAUGAGUGACGAUCAAUCGACCUCAAUAGAAUGGGAGGUCAGCGAAUGGGUGGAUUAUGGGAGUGAAGGGACUCCAAUUGUCGAUUCUGAUUCUAAUGGGCACGCUACUGGGAAACGAAAACGCGAGCAACAUAUCGAUGCUUAG